CCGAAAAAGGUUGUCUGCUCUGCCCCGUUAUUGUUGUUUACGCGAGACGUGUGGUGUUGGUUGAAAAAUCUCCGCUGAAUUGACGAAAUGGCAGCAUUGCAGUUUUUGAGCAGAGCUGCGAGGACGGUCGUCGUCGGCGGGACGAAUCGUUUCACCGCAUUGGCGGCGAUAAAUUUGGCUCCAAAGAGAAAUUAUGCCGACGAUUAUAAACAGGAACAGAGCGUAAUGUACGAUGAGCUCGAUCAAAGUACUCUUCCCAAAUUCGAAACCUCCAAUGAUCCAGCGGAAUGGAAAUUUGUUGAACGAUUGAUCCCACUCGCAUUGGUUCCAACGCCAAAAUCAUUUACAGAGCCAAGUCCAUCUGGAUGGACUACUCCCAAAAAGGAUGCAUUGAAGCUACCUUAUUUUGUAAGUAGGACUAAGAACCACAUGCAGCCAGUUUAUUAUAGAAUCAAAGAACGAAGUCUCAGGCAUACAACCGUUAUUAAAAAUAUUGAUGGCGAUAUUUGGCUCAUGGGAGAGCAUUUAAAAGAUUAUCUCAAGAGGAACACUAAGAAAAAAGAUUUAAUAGCUCUCAAAGUGAAUGAAAUGAAUGGUACAAUAUCGGUUAGAGGGGAUCAUGUAGCAUGGGUCAAGAAAUGGAUGGAUGAAAAAGGAUUCUAGAUCAAAAGAUAGUUGUAAAUAAUUCUAGGUGCAAAAUUUCAUAGUUCUGAUCUAUUGGAUAAGUCAUUGUUAAAAUAUUUUGAAAUAAAAACUUUUUUUUUAAAAAC